GUAAUUGUUAAUUUGAAAUAGAAGGAAAUAUCAUAAAUGGAUCAUUCUUAGUUUCGAUUAAUUUUAUAAUAUCUUAAAUAUUAAGGAUAAUAGCAGGAUGGGUUGUUAAUAAAAUUCAAAUAAUGUGUUUUAGUAUAGCCAAUCAGAUUACAGCCGCCAUGACAUUUAUUUCACUUGCGCAGUAUCAUUCAAGAGAAUCGUUAUAUUUGAAUGAUUCGAAUUGAACGUCGUAUAAUGGAUUAUAUUUGUAAUAGAUGUUAUUGUACAAAAGCCAGAAUAGAUAAACCAUUUAGAUUUACACAGUGUAAACAUAUAUUUUGUGAUAACUGCAUAAAAGAAGUUACGAGAAAAUGCGUAGUUUGUGGUUUCAAAGGGCCUAUUUCUUUGCCUCUAGUAGAACCAUUGCCAACAGAGAUAGCAUCUUAUUUUGUUCCGUUAAAUGAAACUUUAGGAUCAUUGAGAACAGCAACAAGUUUACAGAAUACACAAUUGAGCAUCAUUUUAGAACGCUUUCAUGAGAUUGAGAAAAUAUUAUGAUUUGAAGAAUCAUUACUGUAAGGUUAUUCAAAAGACAGAAUAUAUGACACAAGAAUGCGGUAAAUAUAAAAAUGAUAUAGGAAAAAUAAAAGAGAAGUUGAAUUAUCUUAAAGGUGUUAGUCCUAGUACGAUAUCUACUUCGACUAGUUC